GAGCGCCCCACCCGCCCCUGACCUUCCCAGGCCCCUCCUCUAGUCCCGCCUCUUCCCGAGAUGGGACCCUCCAAACACUCCCCAGGGGGCUCUCUCCACACCCCAGGAGUUCUAUUUGUGCCUCCCGAGUGCCAGUUUACCCAAGUGGUGACUUUUUAUGGACUCCCUUCCUCGCCUGGAAGAGACCUUCUUUGGCUACCCGCCCCCCUGUCCGGUGGCUCCGACGUGGCUACUUUGCAGGAUGGGCUGUAUAAAGGGCUGGAGGCAGCUCAACCCAAACCAGAGACGUGGCGUCUGCUAGGCCGGCCAAAGCUCCAGUACCUGACUAAAGCGCAGAGAAUGGAGCCGGGAGGAGCUGAAGAGAGCAUGCAUGGCUGGGAGACAUAAAGACAGAGCUGUGGACCACAGUUGGCCUUCCUGGGAAGGCUCCCUAACUGUGGGCUAUAAGAUGUAACAAAAUUAUUAUUCAAUUAUUUUAAAAAAAGAAAAGAAAAAACAG